AUUGAGAUAGGCUCUCAGACAUGCUGUGAAAGUCGAACGUUAAGUUUUGUGUAAAAUGUCCAAACAAAAUUACGUGUGAAAUUCGUAUUCCCAAAAUUGAGUUCGUUACGCGCAUUCCACACAACACAUAGACUUCAAAUUGACCAACACACAGUCCGCCACAAAACGAAUCGCGUUAUCGAAUUUUGUUGCCAUUCUUUUUGGAGAGAAAAUGUCACAACAGCAGCCGGAGGAAGUGCAGCAGCAGCAGCAGCAGCUAGGUACGCAGCUCUCCGAGGCAACGGCUCUGCGGCUAUUGAACAUGGUUGUGGCCAGCACAUCUAUACCGAGGCUACAAACACAUGCAGAAACCGAAACCGAGAUGCUAAGCGAAACAGCAACAGCUGCCUGUGAUAGCAUCACAUUGCCAACCAGCAGUGGAACAGGGCAAGCGUCACAGGAGAGCGUGCAUUCGGCCAAUGAGUUUGGCAACUCGUGUCGCAUCUGUCGCUGGAAUCGCGUCGAUAUGGAGAUAAUCAACUGUCCCUGCAAGUGCAAAGGCAGUGUGGGUUACAUACAUAUGACGUGCUUGAAGAGGUGGAUAAUGCAACGGCGCGAUAAUCGCUGCGAAAUCUGCCAUGCACCAUUCAACAUCACCACGGAACGAGCGAGCGUGAAGCAAAUGGUGCGCGCCUUUUGCUGCGGGCGCUGCUGUGGCAUGAUUGUGAAACAUAUGCUGUUCAGUGCGUCGCUAAUGCCCCUUGCCCAUGUCAUACUGCAGCAGGUUUUGCAUUGUAUGGACAAUUUGAAUCAGGGCAGCACCGAACAGCUAACGGUCCAAGAAGUCUUUGUCGCAUCGUGUGCGCUGCUCACAUCAAGUGCUCUCUUUUUCCAUUUCUUUGAGUUUGUGACAACGCGUUUUCUGCUCAUACGGAAUAUAUUGCGACAUUGGUGGAUGUUUGGCAGCACAAAUGAUUUUGGUCUCCUCGAUGUUGAAGACGACUCAUUUGAUCUUUUUUGAUACAAAAAAAACCUGAGCAACUUAACCAACAAACGCGUAAAAACAUAUAACAUCAAUAACAAUUUGUAACAUCUCCAAAAUUGUCAAUAGUUUUUUGCCACAAACAGUCCUAAUAAAACUACGCUUUUCAAAUCGC